AACUAACAGAAACAGUGAGCUGGUAUUACAAUAAACCAGCCAGCUUCAUGCUGCUGCUGUUUGUUGUGUCUCCAAAGAGGAUGGCUGCUGUGGAGGCCUGUGAUGUUUCACAGAGGAAGGUGUGCGCGCCUCGUGCGCUUGGACCCGUAGGACCUCUGAAGUCCGACAGUUCUCCUAACUGAAAAAUUGGAGUCACCGCUUUUUUUCUUUUUUGGGGCGCAUCUUGGUUUGCAUUAGGGUUGGAUGACUUUUUCUUGACAUGAUCAACACAUGUGCCUGAGUUACUGAUUACAUGUGAUAUAAUGUAGUGAUAAGACUUAAAGCUCAAAGUCCCACUUGCAGCACUGUAAUAGCUCGGAUCAUUGACACUGGGCUGUCACAUCGUUGAUCCAGAGGGUUUGUUGGUGGUAUUUAUUUUUUCUUUCCUCACAAUCUGAGUCCAUAUUGGCAUCAUGAGUGUAGAGUCUAAAAAAACACGCGAGGGAUGUUGCUCCAAGCUCAAGCUCUUCCUGGUCUCCCUGGCCUUUAUGUAUUUUUCCAAGGCUUUUGGUGGAGGCUACAUGAAGAGCUCCAUCACUCAGAUUGAAAGACGCUUUGACAUCCCCAGCUCUCUGAUUGGGGUCAUAGAUGGCAGCUUUGAAAUGGGAAACUUGUUGGUAAUCGCCUUUGUGAGCUACUUUGGUGCAAAGCUGCAUCGGCCCAGGCUGAUCGGUAUCGGGUGUUUGAUCAUGGCCACUGGAUCCUUUAUUGUAGCACUACCACACUUCUUACAGGGACCGUAUAAAUAUGAGACAAGUAUGUCCCACAACACCCAAGUGAACGGCAGUGAAAACCUCUUACCAUGUUUGUCCAACCACAGCCUGACAGAGAAGGAUGAGACCCCUGAUGUAGCAGCCACUAAGGCUUGUGAAAAGGCAGCUGGCUCGUCCAUGUGGAUCUACGUUUUCCUGGGAAACAUGCUCCGUGGAAUUGGAGAGACUCCCUCCAUGCCAUUGGGGAUAUCCUAUCUGGAUGACUUUUCUAGACAAGAGAAUACUCCCUUCUAUUUGGCCUGUAUCUAUACAACAGGAAUGUUAGGUCCUAUGGCUGGGUUCAUGCUAGGGUCCUACCUUGCCAAGACCUACGUGGACAUUGGAUUUGUCGAUUUAGACAGCAUCACCAUAACCUACAAGGAUUCUCGGUGGGUGGGAGCCUGGUGGCUUGGCUUCAUCGCCAAUGGCGCACUGAUUCUGCUGGCAAGCAUCCCGUUCUUUUUCCUGCCUAAGUCUUUGCCCAAACAAGGAGAGGAAGAUAGCAGCAACAAAAGUACAGAGUUAACCUCUUGGCCAGAGCAGGAGAAUUUCCUGCCAGAUGAAAACCAAAAUGCAGAAGACAAAGAAAAGACAGUCACAUUUAAAGAAAUGGUUAAAGAUUUUAUUCCAUCACUGAAAAGACUCUUCAGGAACACCAUCUUCUCAAUGAUAAUCCUCACCAACCUGGUUGCAGUCAAUGCCUUUGUUGGUAUGAUCACCUUCAUACCAAAGUUCAUGGAGCAGAUCUAUGGGCAGGCGGCAUCCAGAGCUAAUUUUAUUAUAGGCAUUAUGAACCUCCCCGCAGUUGCUCUGGGUUUCAUUACUGGUGGUUUUGUCUUGAAGCGUUUCAAAUUGGGUGUUGUUGGAGCUGCCAGAGUCUCCAUCGCUGCAUCUCUUGGAUCCUUUUGUAUGCUUUCCCUGCAGGGAUUCUUUCAUUGUGGCAAUGCAGAUGUGGCUGGUUUGACUGUUGCAUAUGAAGGUGUUACUCAAGUAUCCAACAAUCCCUCAAGUUUGUUGGCACCAUGCAAUACUGGCUGCUCCUGCUCAGUGAAGCACUGGGAUCCAGUGUGUUCCUAUAAUGGUAUGACAUAUGCUUCACCCUGCCUGGCUGGAUGUCAGACCUCCACUGGAACAGGAAAAGCAAUGGUGUUUCACAAUUGUACCUGCAUUGGGAUUUCUGUGACUCCUGCUGCAAACAUGUCUGCUGUUCUUGGCCAGUGUCCCAGAAGGAGUGAAUGUGACAGUAAAUUUAAAAUCUACAUGGCUUUGUCUGUGUUGGGAGCAUUCAUUUCUGCCUGCGGGGGAACACCAGGAUAUAUUGUAUUGCUGAGGUCAAUUCAACCAGAUCUAAAAUCUUUGGCCUUGGGUAUGCAGACAUUAAUCGUAAGGACUCUAGGUGGGAUCCCUCCCCCAAUUUAUUUUGGAGCACUAAUUGAUCAGGCAUGCCUGAAGUGGGGAACCAAGCAAUGUGGAGGACGUGGAGCAUGUAGACUUUAUAAUGCCAACAUGUUUAGAUUGACCUUCUUAGGAUUGGUUAUUGGACUCUCCAUUCUAGCCAAUAUGUUAUGGGGAGUCCUCUACGUCAAAAUAGUUAAAAAACAGAAGAAGCUAGCACUGAGAGAUCAGGCCAAAGAGAAUGGAGCGGAGGGUAAAAGACUAAGUAAUGGACAUGCUCACAUCAACAUUGUUAAACACAGGGAAGAGACAAACAAUGAAAGCACUAUUUAACAUGUUACAGGCAAUUGUAUAAUAAAAAUGAACCCUUUUGAAUGGCAAUGUAACCAUUAGUGGUAAUGGUACAGGGUAGCGUUGAAUGAUCGGGUGGCAGUAGCCUUCUUUAGAUUUUUUCACUAU